CUCUCUCAUCCGCACACGCCUAGCUUCCACUGGCGUACUUUCAUGGUUUCAUUGCUUGCUUGAUGACCCUUACGAAUAUACUCUGUGCUUAAGCUUGUCAUGUCUGGUCAUCUGCUGCCUCACGCGCUCCUGGAGCUCACUCUCGCUCGGGCUAAUGCACGUCUUGAAGGCCUCGCGUGCAGCUCGCUUCGUCGACAAGCUGCUGUUCUUGGGAGGAGAUAUACCCACCAUCAGGACUUCUUGCGAGGCUCUGUCGCUCCUGCGCAGGUCCCAUUUGAAGUCGCGGAGGAUCGUUCGCUAUACGCGAAACGCGAUUCAAAACGAAACUCCCGCUCUGCUCUUGCUAUGGGGGGUCUGUUCCCUCAUUCCCAGGAUGGACCGAUCACAGAACUUGAGAGGAGAAUAACGGAAUUGAAGGAAACCCCGGUAUUGGAGGAGGCUGAAAUACUGGAACCAGCGUUCUCCGAGUCCGAGCUUGUCUCCAUAUACGAAGAGUUGCUCGCGGUACCGCAUCGUGCGCAAACACAGGACGUGCUAGUGGCCGACCCGGAAUCUCAGUAUCAAGCAGACGAGUCUACCCUCAAUAGGGUUGUGCAGUCUCUGUAUCAACUAGACGACACUGCGUCCAUCUCCUCAGAUCCGCGGUCACAGUACCAAGCUGCCAUCAUAAAGUUGAGGGAAAUUGUGGGCGUGUUGGAGACGGCGCGGUCUUCCGAGGCCUCCUCGUCAGAUCUGUCCAUUCUGUCGUCACAAGACUGGGUCUCUCUGGUGCGAAUAUGCGUACGGGAGAAGGAUGGCGAGGCAGCGGAAUCAGUUGUCGACCUCAUGAAGCGCGCUGGAGCUCCUGAGCUGGAGGAAGCUAUGAAUACGGUCAUGGCUCUCUAUGCAGAUUCUGGGGAUGUCGGUAACACGGAACGCGUACUGGCCACCUAUGCCGGGCGGGUGCCCUCUGAGCGGCAGCGCGACCUCCACGUCAAGGCCCACCUUCGGUCGGUCCCCUUGGGUACAUUCCCUGCCAGUGCACUACAGGUGCUGCACGAACACGAGACGCGCGGCAUACCCGCUCCCAUGCGCACAUACACUCGCGCUAUCAGAACGUUGUUCGGCGUCCGCUCCGCCGUCGGCGAGGCACAGGCAUGGGACCUCUUCGCGCACAUGCGGUACGUCGCGCAUCCAACCCCCGACGCGUUCCUCUACACCGCGAUGAUGAACGCGUGUGCGCCGCGCUUGCUCGAGCCCCAGCCUGCGCGCGCCCUUGAUCUCUGGACAGAGAUGACGGUUGACAAGGGUAUUCCGCCGACGGCGGACGCAUACACCGCAGUCAUCUCCGCAUGCGCGCGCUCGGGCCAAAAGGCGUACGUGAACGAGGCUUUCCGCCUCGCGAAGCAGAUGCUGGAUGGACACCGCGACGCGUACGGUAACCCCGCCUUCCGUCCGGACCAGAAGACGUUUGGGGCGCUGUUGGAGGGCGCGAAGCGGACGGGCGACCUGGCGAAGGUGCGCUGGAUCCUGGCAGAGAUCAUCUCGGAGAGCAUGCAGGCGGCGAGGGGGGACCUUUCGGAGCCGGUCAUGGUCGACGGCUGCAUCAUGACCCACGUCUUCCACGCCUAUGCGGCGUACAAACCCGCGUUCAACCGCUCCACCACGGUGCUCGUCGACAACCCAACUACUACGCGCACCAAUCUCCCAAGCAACUCCCCGGAAGCUGCAACAUCGUCCGGUGGGCAAGAGGCAUCGUCAGAUAAUCCCUCGACUGUACAAUCGGAGGCUGCCCCGGACGCAGAGUCGCAAGCCCGGGUUCCACAAGCCCCUCGGAAACCUCAGUUCACUCGACUUCUUCCCCAGAGCAACGCGGAAGUCCUAGGAGAGACUCAAUCGCUCUUUGCUCGUAUUCUGAAGGACACAUCAUCGUCCGCUCGCAGCGUGGCAUCGUCCCAGGACGGCUCGAUGCCCCCCGCCUUCGAGAACGUGCGCCUGACUUCGCGUCUCGUCAACGCAUACGUCUCCGUACACCACUCGCACGCCACCUUUGACGAUGCCGUGCACCUCUAUCGCACGCUCUUCGCACAGCUCGGCAUGCAGAAGAACGCGUGGUCGUACGUGGAGGCGCUCGAACGGUGCACGCGCGCCCGCCGCGGGCCCGAACGCAAGCAGGCGCUGCAGUUUGCGCGCGAGGUAUGGGAGGAGUGGCUGCCCGUGGAGAUGGCGUGGCGGCGGGGACUCGAGCACCCCGAGGGCGUGAACGCGCGGAUGGUCGAGCGCGCGCAUACGGCGAUGAUCCGCAUACUCUCACUCACGGGCCAGGUGCACGAGGGGCUAGAGGUCGUGCGUGCGUUCGUGGCGCGAUAUCCUCCGGACGCCGUCAAGCAGGCCGGCUCUAAACUCGAUUUGCGUUCGACGCGGACCACGUUAUCGGCGCCGCGGCCGUUGGUGCGCCUCCUGACCCCCCUGGAGGUUCCCGACGACACGGUGCCCCCGCUGUUGUCUUUCCAGGAAGUGGAGAUCCUUCACCACCGCCUCGUUGCGGUGGGCGACGUGGAGGGCGUGCGCUACCUGAAGUGGGUGUGCAUGGCGUACGCGGGCGCGCUGAAGCAGAGGAAGGAGGCCGUGUUGCGCGCGCAGCCCGAACCCGCUCCGAAAAGCCGUAUCGCGCAGCGUCAGGAGGGGGAGGCGUGAUGGAGCUGUGGGAGGUGAAGGGUGGGUUCGUUAUCGUACGGAUUAUAAUUGCCUUAUUGUCUCCUUAAUUGC